CUUCUUACACUUAAUUAUCAGGUUGUCCUAAAACAGGGUUCAAUGGCGGAGCCACCGCCACCGCCGCGGCAGUCGGAAACCGAGUCGAGCGGGUCGACUCAGGGCAACAACGCGAAGGCUUUGCACAAAAGAAGUAGAGAAAUCGGGUCCGGCUCAGACAGUGAGAACCCGGUUCGAGAAAACCGAACCGGCGGGAAUAUGAAGAAGGACAAUGUCGGCGCUAAGCAUCCGGUGUACAGAGGAGUGCGAAUGCGGGCGUGGGGCAAAUGGGUGUCGGAGAUCCGGGAGCCCCGGAAGAAGUCCCGGAUCUGGCUCGGGACCUUCGAGACCCCCGAAAUGGCCGCCAGAGCCCACGACGUCGCCGCCCUCGCCAUCAAAGGCGGCGCCGCCAUUCUCAAUUUUCCGGCGACGUCACACCUCCUCCCUCGCCCCGCCACAUGCGCCCCACGUGACGUCCAGGCUGCCGCCGCCAAAGCCGCCCAAAUUGACGGCCGACGAGAAUCGCCGCCGCCGUCGCCGCCGCCGGCGGAGGAGCUCGACGAGAUCGUGGAGCUGCCGAGUCUGGAAACGAGCUGCGAGGACCGGCCGGUCGAGAUGAACCGCGAUGAGUACGUGUACGCACAGGAUUACGACACGUGGAAGUGCGUCGUCCAUCCGACGUUGGAGGAUUUUGCAUUUUUCUUGCAGGGAAACGAGGAUGCCGUCAUUUCUCCUCAGCUUCGAUGGUACGAUGAUUAAUUAAUUAAUGUUAAAUAAAUAAUUAAUUAAUUAAUUAAUGUUGCGUAAUCACAUUACUUUAUUUGAUGAAAUGUUCAAUCACAAAUGGGUUUAGACUUUCAGAUUUUAUUCCCAAUUUGUCUUCGCU